AUGGGUCAUUGUAUAAUGUACAUCUGUCCUUCCUCAGACAUGACUGACAGCCGCGCUGCCCCCUGCGCCCGCCUGGAGCUCCACACCCUGUCCUCGGCUACCCAGGAGCCGCUCCACCUCCUCCCCUGUGUGAUACAGAGACAGGGGGCGGCCAGAGUCACCGAGUACUUCACCCCGGCCAUGAGGGAGGCCUCUGGAGGUAAAGAGGUCUCUUUCAGAGGCAGAAUGCUCCGAGGACAGGAAGUUGCUGUACCUGAAGGCUAUAUGGGGAUUGUCCUGAAGGAGGAUAAUAAACCUUUCUCUGAGGAAGAGGAUCGUUCACUGACAGUCAGAACCACUUUUCAGUCUUUUACGCAAUGGAACCUGGAAACGCCACCAUCUGCAGAUGAUGUCUUAGUGAUGUCACUAGCAUGGCCGAAAAUUGCUGCUGCG